UGUCUACAAUAUAUGAGCAUAUAACUGUUGACAGCUUUAGUGAAGAAACAACAUCAAAAGAAGAGUAGAGACCGAGAAGUUUAUCAUAUUCAUAUACCCUUUUAUGCUCUUUUCCAAUAUGUGUCCUCUAACCCUCAAUGACUUGCAGAGGAUUUUUGAGAAGCUGGAUAUGAACAGCGAUGGGUUUUUGAGCCUUGAAGAGCUGAACAAGCUGCUAGAGAAGACAGGCUUUAAGUUUAGCUUAGAGGAGCUAGAAUCUCUAGUGGGAAAGAAGAGCCUCAACUUCAGUGAGUUCUUGUUCUUCUAUGACUCCAUGUUGAAGCAGAACAGUGAGGAGGAGAAAGGGGUUGAUGGAGACAAUGAUGAUGAUGAGAUUGAAGAUGUAGAGAGUGACCUUGUGAAGGCUUUCAAGGUGUUUGAUUUGGAUGGGGAUGGAUUCAUUACCAGCCAAGAGCUGGAGUGUGUAUUGAAGAGGCUUGGCAUGUGGGAUGAACGGAGUUGCAAGGAUUGCAGAACCAUGAUUUAUUCCUAUGAUACUAAUUUGGAUGGCAAGCUUGAUUUCCAGGAAUUCAAGAACAUGAUGCUGCUUACAACUUCAUGAUUCGUUUAAUUUUGUGCAUGAUCAGCUUCGACCUGGCCUUGCAUUUUGUAUGUAUUUGUGUUGUGUGUUUGUGUAUGUUAUAUGUCAGCAGCAAUCAAUCACUGCUAUGGAAUAUUCAAGUCUAUUGUUGCUGUUGCUGGUAAUGCAAAGUUGUCUAUGCUAUAAUCAGUGUUUUGUAAAUACUUAUGUUCUGAUUAAGAUGAAAACUGAAACAGAGAAUAAGACGGUCUCAGCAGUUCUUGCAUAU